AUGAAGAAAAAUUGUGAAGUGUAAAACUAAUAACUUAAUCCAGAGUUAUAUUCUGCUCCUUAGAAGAUCAAAGAAGAAGUGAUAAAUCCAAUUAUAAAAGACAAAAAAGAAAAGAGAGAGUUGAAAGUAAAAAUAAAUGAAAGAGCAAUAAAGAAUGAAGAUUAUAAUGAAUUAAGUAUUUAAUUGGAUGAGAAAAGAAAGAAUAUAAAAAAUAAAUAUAAUGAAUUUUAAAUAAGAAUGAAAGAAGUAUUGUAGAAGUUUAUCUAUUAUAAAAACAAAAAUUUCAUGAGAUUCAAUCAGAAUUAUUAUGGAAAGAAUAGAAAAAUAUUUAAGUUUUUAGAAUAAUUGGUUAAAGAAUUAGGUUUGAAUACAAAAGAAGUUGGAUUAUUGGAAAAGGAUAUAGUUAUAUAUAAGAAAGAGGAUGAAGUGAAUAACUUUUCUAUAUAUCUACCUUAGAAGAGAAAUGUUGAUCAUGAAAGAUAGAAAAAUAAUUAAGAGAAUUUAUAAGAGGAUAAUUAAUAAGAGGAUAAUUAAAAAGAAUAAGAAAAGAUUUAGAUUGAAUAAGUUAAGGAUUAAUUGUAGUAAAAUAAAAGACCUCCAUUACCUCCAGAUGUUAUUAAUCAAGUAAUUAUUGAGAGAGAAUGUAAUAAAGAAUUAACAAUUUAAAUUAUAUUUGAAAAACCAGAAGAUUAUGGUUAUGAGAUUAAAAAAUAUACAAUAUUUUAAUUAGAUAUGAAUGAUACAUCAUUAUCAUUAUAACCAAGUAAAAAAGUAAUUUUAGAAUUUGAUAAUAAUAAAGAAAAUGUUUAGAGAAAGAGUUUAGUUUUUAAAAAUAAUCCUAAAAAUUAAGGAGAAUUAGGCUUUAAUGAAAUGAUAUAUCUUUCAGUAGAAGCAUUUAAUUGUAAUGGAUGGUCUUCAGAUUUAGAAUUGUCACCAGUCAAAAUAUUUCUAAAAUCUUUUCAGCCAAAUUCUUUAUUUUUAAAAGGAACAAUUUCUACAAAAUUAUUUAAUGAAGAUUCAUCUUUUAUUGAAUUAAUAGAUAUUCCAAAAAAGAUUGAAAUAAAUUAAUAAUCUUAUUAUGUAAUUGAAGACUUUAGUAUAAUAUUAAUAGAGGAAAAUAAAGUUAAAAUGGUUAGUACUAAACAUGGGUAAUUCUAUUUCUAAUAUAUAGAACUAUUGGAAUAGUAAAUACAUCAUUUGAAGUAUCUUAAUUUGGAAACAUACUCAAUUUUGAAGAUACUACUAUUACUUCAAGUGAUGUAGUUGAUCCAAAAAAAGAUUUUGAUGUUUCUACACCAUAUUAAAUUUAUACAUUAAAAGCUGUUAGUAAAUUAGCUUGUGGGUUAUAUCACUCAUUAGCUGUUACUGUAGAUGGUGGUGUAUUAUCAUGGGGAUACAAUAAUUAUGGUUAAUUAGGAAAUGGUAAUAAUAUAAUUGUACUUUAGGAACAAAUAUAAGUACUAUGGAUGCAUAAGAAAUUAUAUAUUUUAGAAAAAAUAAAUUAUUCGUUGUUGAUAUUUCAGCUGGUGAAGGAAUUUCAAUUUGCAGAACUGAUUUAGGAGAUGUAUUUACUUGGGGAUAAAAAUAAAAUUUUGAUGGAAAUGGAAUGGUCAAAGUAUUGAAUUCAUUUAAAGAAACUAUAAAUUUAUAAUGCUCUGAUGCAACUAAUUGUUAAUUAAUACCUCGCAAAAAUAAUAUAAAGGCUAAAGCUAUUUCAACUGGGUAUUCAUGUUUUGGAGCUCUCUCUUUAGAAGAUAAAAUAUAUAUGUGGGGUAGUAAUGAAUAUGGUGUUUUUGGUUUUGAUUAAUGUCCAGAAUUAGAUGAUUAAUAUAUAUUUCAUCUUCUAGAACCUAUGAGAAUUAAUAUUGAAAAUUAUCAGAUUAAGUAAGAAUUAUAAAUUAAUCUAGAGAAUUCUAAAUAGGAGCAUACCAUUGUAUAGCAAGAGUAUAAGGAUAAGACAAAGAUUAUGAAGAAUAUAUUUCAUGGGGCAAUAAUACUUAUAAUUAAUGUGGAUAAUCAUAAUAAUAUGAAUUAUCUACUCUAAAAGGGAGUAAAUUUUGUAAGAAAAAUAAAAUGGAGUAUAUUUAUAUAAUUUAAUUAGUUUAUUACCAAAUUAGAAAUAUAAAUCUUAUAGUUGUGGUUUUGAUAAUUCAGUAUUUUUAUCAAAUGAAAAUGUGAUUAUUUCAUUUUAGAAUGUUAAUAUGACUUAAAAGAAAUGUAAUGUUUAUGGAAAUGUAAGUAUAAAUGAUUAUAUUAUAUUAGUAAUUGUUUGCAGGAGAACUAAUGACUUUACUUUUGGGAUUGGAAUGAAAAUAUAUGAAAAUAUUAUAUCUAUAUUAAAUAAUCAUAAAAAUAAUAAUUAUUUCAAUUAUAUUAUAACACUUAGAUUAUAUCCUUAUCUUCUUCUUAAGCAUAAUACAGAGUAUUUUUAGAUGCAAGGGUUAUGUGGCCUCCAGAUUUUCCAGAUGAUAUUCUUGAAGGUGCAAUUAAUGAAACCUAAAAUUGUUUGUAAACCUUUGAAGCUAAGGAUGGAAAAAAAGUAAAUGUAUAAUAUCAUUUCGAAGGCAGAACAUUUAAAAAAAGUAUUUAGAUAUUAAUUUUUAACCUUAUUGGCAUGUUUUUUUUUUGGUAAAAAUUUUGGGUGUCAUUCUAUUCAUGA